AUGCGCGUGUUAUUACUGGAUGUAAGCGUGUACAGCAAGGGUGAAGUGCACAAGGAGGGUAGGAAGCACUGCGUGAACGUCGUCCCCGUCUUUUCUUCAUCCAGCCUGUCGCAUAUUUCGUGCCCACGCUGUCACCUUCACGUGGCGAUUCCCGCGGGUACAAAGAGCUAUUUACAAGCCUCCUUCACUCUCAGAAUUAUGGUCUUCUUCAGGCGGAAGAUCCUCUGUACCAUCCUCACUGCCUGCACUAAACGUGUCGUUUGA